GCGGGAGCUCAUCGGUCUGGGCUGCUGUUUGGCGGGAGCGCUUGGAGAUGCGGCGCGCCAGCCGAGACUACUCAAAGUACCUGCGCGGCGCCGAGGAGCUGGGCUCCGGCGGCGCCCACGAGUGCGCUCCGCCGCCUGCGCUGUUGCAGGCUCAAGGUGGGGCGCCCGCCCAGCCCCACUCCGCGCCCGCCUCUAGGUCUCUCCUGGCCACGCUGGUGCUCCUGGGCUUGGGACAGGUGAUCUGCAGCGUCGCCCUGUUUCUCUACUUCAGAGCGCAGAUGGAUCCUAACAGAAUUUCAGAAGAAGAUACACACUGUUUGAGAACCUUCCUGAGACUUCACGGGAACGUAGACCUGCAGGAAACUACCUUGGCAAACCAGGAAACAAGACUGAUGUCUGAAUCAUGCAGAAGGAUGAAACAGGCUUUUCAGGGAGCAAUGCAAAAGGAAGUCCAACGCAUUAUUAUUGGGAAAGAUGAGUCAAAACCAGACAAAUCUAUAAUGGAAGCAUUGUGGCUGGAUUUGCCUAAGAAAAACAAACCUGACAAAGCACCAUUUGCCCAUCUCAUCAUUGAUGGCAAUAAAAUUCCACCUGGUGUUCGAAAAGUGAACCUUACAUCCUGGCUUCAUGACAAAGGCUAUGCAAACGUAGUGAAUAUGACAUUCAAUGAUGGAAAGUUAAUAGCCAAUCAUGAUGGCUUUUAUUAUCUGUAUGCCAAUGUAUGUUUUAGACACCAUGAGACAUCGGGAAACCUAACUGAACAAGCUCUGCAGUUGAUGGUGUAUAUGACAAAAAUUGAUGUUAAAAGGAGAAACUCUGUUGUCCUGAUGAAGGGAGGAAGUACAAAAUAUUGGUCAGGAAAGUCAGAAUUUCAUUUUUAUUCUGUAAAUGUAGGAGGUUUUUUCAAAUUGAAAUCUGGUGAAAUAGUAAGUAUCCAAGUAUCAAACCCUUCAUUAUUAGAUCGCUCUCCAGAAGGAACUUACUUUGGGGCCUUUAAAGUAAGGGAUAUCGAUUGAGCUUAGCUAGAAGGAUUUAUAAAAGGAAAUUUAUUUAUUUAGCUGGAUCAGGUUACUGGGAGAUGCAAUUAACAGCUUAUAGGGUCUAGUAGUACAUGAUGAGAAUUUAUCUAGUUUGAUCCACAAUUCAAUUGCAUCUCUACAUACAGUGUUAUGAUUGUUGAGUUCCAAUCCUUAAUUCU